ACUAACUGUAAAACUUGUUUUAAAGCGGUAAAAAUGGAUGGACGGAAACCAAUAUUCUUGAAACUUCAUCUCCCAGCGUGCUUUGCGGCUGUUUUGUAUGUUUACAAUCAGCUGACAUCCGGCGUCUUGCCGUCCAUUAGCCAGCUGUACGCAACAUUCAGCCUUAGCCAUUUCGCCAUCGAUAUUUUCCGGUGGGAGAGCAACAUAUCGACUAUCUCCCUCCCCCGCUUUACUGGAUGCCCAGUUCCAUCGUAUUCAUCAAAUGCAGGGCUCUGGCCCCGUCUCCAGCAGCUGAAGCGCCCCCCGUCCUGCCCUCUCCGCCCCGGCUCCACUGCUUCCUGUCCGCGCCGAGCUAUGAGCACCCACCGGGAUCUCGACAUGGUACACCUCCGCCUCAUCCUGGUCAGCGGGAAGACCGAGAACUUCACCUUCUCGCCAAACGACUCGGCCACAGACAUCGCCAAGCAUGUGUUUGAUAACUGGCCCACGGGCUGGGAGGAAGAGAGGGUGAGCAGCCCCAGCAUACUCCGCCUCAUCUUCCAGGGGCGCUUCCUUCAUGGCAAUGUGACCCUCGGAGCUCUGAAACUGCCCCCGGGCCGAACCACCGUCAUGCACCUGGUUGCCAGGGAAACGCUUCCUGAGCCCAACUCCCACGGUCAGCGGAACAGAGAAAAAACCACAGAGAGCAAUUGCUGUCUCCUCUUGUAAGGAAUCUACCUUUCAUAAACCCUUCUCCGUCUAACACACACACACACACACACACCCCAUCCCCUUCCUCUUGCUGCUGGUCAUCCUGUCAGCGGUGGACUGAAUCACUGGAAGUUAAGUUGUUGUUUGGUCGGAUAUUUUUUUCGUCCCGUUGGAGGCUUUUUUUCCUCUGUUGUGCCAACCGAUCCACACUUGACUGCGAACACAACAAGAAUCACGGUCGCCUUGUGACAUCAUCGCCAUCGACUGUGCCCUCGCUGGACACCUUUUUAAAGAAGGAAAAAAAAAAUACCGCACCGGAUGCAUUUGCGGACUGAACGCUGUUAACCCCUUAAUGCACUUAACCAGUAUAACGGCAAGUGUGUGGUGUUCCUCCUCCUCCUUCUUCGUGGAUCUUAUUGUUCCUCUCCAUCGGAGGAACAGAGACACAUUGUGCCAUCUUCCUCCCACGUUUUCUGCCUCAGCACCGGUGGCGUCCGUGCCAUGAAAAUGACUUGUGUUUUCGCUCCUUUGGACCAAUUUUUAAAAUGUUCUUGAAGAAAAAGGGGAACGGGGCCGGGAGGAGAGCGUGAGGCCAGUCACUCGCAAAGUCGACGAUGGCGGCGAAAGCUCCUCCCACUUGCAUGAAGAAGCAUUAAGAGGGGGAAAAAAAAGGGAUUUUCUUUUGGGUCCUUUCUCAUUUGCCUUUCAUCGUGGAAUCCAGUAAUAUCAUUAAUAUUGAAAUUUAAAUAUAUCGAUUUUUAUCUUGUGUAUAGGUAUUUGUUCCAAUUUCGGAGCGCGUGUGUGUGUGUGUGUGUGUGUGUGUGUGUGUGUGUGUGUGUGUGUGUGUGUGUGUGUGUGUGUGUGUCUGUCUCAUACUUGCCAACCCUUCCGGAUUUUCCGGGAGACUCUCGAAAUUCAGCGCCUCUCCCGAAAACCUCCCGGGACAAAUUUUCUCCCGAAAUUCAGGCGGAGCUGGAGGCCACGCCCCCUCCAGCUCCAUGCGGACCUGAGUGAUGUGUCGACAGCCUGUUUUCACGUCCGCUUUCCCAAAAUAUAAACAGCAUGCCUGCCCAAUGACGUUAUAACUGUAGAAUGAUCGAGGGCGAGUUUUUGGUUUCUUAUGUGGGUUUAUUGUUAGGCAGUUUCAUUAACGUCCUCCCAGCGCGGUAACAACACACAACAACAGCAGUCACGUUUUCGUCUACCGUAAAGCAGUUCGUCUGCCCUAAACAGCAAUGUUGUGACACUCUUAAACAGGACAAUACUGCCAUCUACUGUACGUUUUGGGCCAUGCUAGGGAGAGAUGGAAGAUUCAAGACUUUAGUGCAUUUGAUGAAAACACUUUUGUGCGUGCCACACAGCAAUGCAUCAUCAGAGAGGGUGUUCAGCAUGGUUAGAAACCUAGUGACAGAGAAUAGAACAAGGAUGGACAAUUCAACCCUUAACUCAACAGUAAGUAGAUGAGUGUUGUGUGUAUAUGUGUAAAUAAAUGAACACUGAAAUUCAAGUAUUUCUCUUAUAUAUAUAAUUAAUAUAUAUAUAUAUAUAUAUACAUAUACAUAUAUAUAUAUAUAUAUAUAUAUAUAUAUAUCCAUCCAUCAUCUUCCGCUUAUCCGAGGUCGGGUCGCGGGGGCAACAGCCUAAGCAGGGAAACCCAGACUUCCCUCUCCCCAGCCAUAUAUAAUAAAUAUAUACUGUACAUAUAUAGCUAGAAUUCACUGAAAGUCAAGUAUUUCAUAUACAUAUAUAUAUAUAUAUAUAUAUAUAUAUAUAUAUAUAUAUAUAUAUAUAUAUAUAUAUAUGUAUGUAUAUAUAUAUAUGUAUAUAUAUAUAUAUAUAUAUAUGUGUAUAUAUAUAUAUAUAUAUAUAUAUAUGUAUAUAUAUAUGUAUGUAUAUGAAAUACUUGACUUGGAAAAUUGUAGCUGUAAAUAUACUCCUCCCCUCUUAACCACACCCCCCACCCCCCACACACCACCCCCACCUCCCGAAAUCGGAGGUCUCGAGGUUGUCAAGUAUAGUGUGUGUGUGCGUGUGUGUGUGUGUGUGUGUGUGUGAUGCUGAGGGUGAGAAAAAGGGGAAAAAAGUGCUAACAGUGGGAAAAAGUUUCCAUUUCUUUCUUUUGAGUAUCUUUUUUGUUUUUGAUGAUCACUGCUAUGAACUUAAGUCAGUAUGAAUACAUGUACAAACUAACACGCAACGUGGUCUAUAGCGAAGCUUGUAUCAUAAAGUAGUAAAUCUUUAAAUAAGGCCACCGUUUUUCGAGAGGAGAGAAGCUGGUGUCAGGUUCAGAGCGGCUGCUUCGGGGUUGUGUUGACUAAUCAAGGUCUUUCCUCAUCGUCUGUUUUUUACCUAAUUAAUGGGCUGUCUUUGAAAUGGUCGACUUUUACUGUCAAGUUGUUAAAAGUAUUGAAAUGAUUGCCGGACUUUAUGACGUAUUGUAAAGAAGUGUGAAUAAUAAUACUUUGUCUGAAAUAAAUUCCUCAUACACAUGCACAA